AUGCCAAAUCAUCAGCAACUAAUUGAAAUAGCGAGCGCCAUUUCAACAGCCUCUGAAAAGCUCAAUGACUUCUACGAUGAGCAGGCGCUAGAAUUGCGUUUUCCUGGAGGUAAACCAACGAAAGAACAAGGUCAAACAAUAAGUCAAGCUUUGGAAGCGGUGUUACAGCUGCAGCGUAUGCUACUGGGACCCUUGGGAAGCAUUAUGAGUCUCUCAGGAGGUCUAUUUGACCUUGCCUCCUUACACAUCAUUCACGACUUUGAGAUUGCAAAACUUAUACCUACUAAAGGGACGGUCACAAUUUCCGAACUUGCAAGUACCUGUGGCAUUAUUCCUCGUGUACAUCUUCGCCGCAUACUCCGACACGCCAUGACCAACCGCAUCUUCACAGAGCCCGUUUCUGAAUCCGUUUCGCAUACGGUUAUUUCUUCCCGCCUUGCCCAUGACCCCAUGAUGCGUGCCACGGUGGGUAUGCUCGCCGACGAGAUGUUCCCGGCCGCUGCUUGCCUUUCCAGUGCGAUGCGAAAUUAUGGAACAUCUUUGAAGGCAACAGACACUGCAUGGGCGCUAGCAAACAAUGCGCACCGGCCGAUGGUUGAAGAGCUAGAGGCUGAGCACCUAGAGCGGGCCGUCCAAUUUGCUGCAUUCAUGAAGUACAACUGGAGCGUACAACAGCCCUUGCAGCCACUGAUUGACAACUUCGAUUGGGCGGCGCUCGGCGCACAGCACAUUGUCGAUGUUGGUGGAGGAAUGGGCCAUGCUAGUAUUGCGCUCGCAAAGGCUUUUCCAGACCUUACAUUCACAGUGCAGGAUUUUGAAAAGGUAGUAAAGACUGGGGAGCGGAUGUUCCUUGAAGAAACACUAGAGCAACCAGAGCUUAGGAACCGAGUCGUCUUCAUGGCGCAUGAUGCAUUUGAUCGUCAGCCAAUAAAGGGUGCAGGUGUUUACCUAUUCCGUUCUGUACUCCAUGACUGGCCAGACGAGAACUGCGUGGCAAUGUUGCAAAGCUUGGUACCCGCCUUGAAAAGGGGUGCAACGGUGCUUAUCAACGAUUUUGUUAUGCCUAGUCCCGGAGAAUUAGAUUUACUAGCUGAAAGGCGGGCAAGACUAGUCUUAAAUAAGAUAUACUAG